GGGGGCCGAGGGGAGGGAUGGCGGCGGGCGAGGCGGCCCGGGAGGACUUCGCGCGGCACUGGGAGGCGGAAUUCCCGGGGGAACCGGCCCCCCGCAUGGAGCUGGGCUCGGUGCGGGCGAUGGAGCGGGAGCUGGAGCGCUGCCGCCGCCACCUCCGCCGGCUGCAGCGGGCGCUGGCCGAGGAGCGCUUCAAGGUGGGCUACCUGGAGGCGGCCCUGGCCCGAGCCCCCCUUCCCCCGCCGCCCCCCGUCGCCCCCCGCCCGCCGCCCAGCCCCGGCAGCUCCCUGGAGGGCGGCAGCGGCGGCAGCUCGGAUGUGGAGGACGCCUCCUCGGCAGACUUCAACUAUGGUGCGGAUGAGUACGAUGCUGAGGGCAACGAGGAGCCCAAGGCGCUGCCGGAGGGCUCGGAAACCAUGCCCUACAUCGACGAGUCACCCACCAUGUCCCCCCAGCUCAGCGCCCGCGGCCAGGAGAGCGGGGACGGGGUCUCGCCCACACCCACCGAUGGCCUCGGCACAGGGGGUGAGCGAGAGGCUGGCAAAGGCCUGGAGAUGAGGAAGCUGGUGCUCUCUGGUUUCCUGGCCAGUGAGGAGAUCUACAUCAACCAGCUGGAGGCCCUCUUGUUGCCCAUGAAGCCACUGAAGGCCACAGCCACUACGUCUCAGCCUGUCCUCACGCUCCAGCAGAUCGAGACGAUUUUCUACAAGAUCCAGGACAUCUAUGAGAUCCACAAGGAGUUCUAUGACAGCCUGUGCCCGAAGGUGCAGCAGUGGGACAGCAAUGUCACCAUGGGCCACCUCUUUCAGAAGCUGGCCAGCCAGCUGGGGGUCUACAAGGCCUUUGUGGAUAACUACAAAAUCGCACUUGAGACGGCAGAGAAGUGCAGCCACAGCAACUACCAGUUCCAGAAGAUCUCAGAGGAGCUGAAGGUGAAGGGCCCCAAGGACUCGAAGGAGAGCCACACGUCCGUCACCAUGGAGGCACUGCUGUACAAGCCCAUCGACCGGGUGACCCGGAGCACCCUCGUCCUGCAUGAUCUCCUCAAGCACACCCCAGCCGACCACCCCGACUACCCACUGCUCCAGGAUGCCCUCCGCAUCUCACAGAACUUCCUCUCCAGCAUCAAUGAGGACAUUGAUCCCCGAAGGACAGCAGUCACCACCCCCAAGGGGGAGACCCGUCAGCUUGUCAAGGAUGGCUUCUUGGUGGAGCUGUCUGAGGGCUCACGGAAGCUGCGGCACGUCUUCCUCUUCACUGAUGUGCUGCUCUGUGCCAAGCUGAAGAAGACAGCAGUGGGGAAGCACCAGCAAUACGACUGCAAGUGGUACGUGCCCCUGGCCGACCUGGUGUUCCCCUCACCGGAGGAAUCAGAGCACUGCCCACAGGUCCAUGUCAUCCCUGACCACGAGCUGGAGGACAUGAAAAUGAAGAUCUCAGCCAUCAAGAGCGAGGUGCAGAAGGAGAAAGCCAACAAGGGGCAGAGCCGGGCCAUCGAACGCCUCAAGAAGAAGAUGUUUGAGAAUGAAUUCUGGCUGCUCCUCAACUCCCCUGCCAUCCCCUUCCGCAUCCACAACCGCAAUGGGAAGAGUUACCUCUUCCUGCUGUCAUCUGACUAUGAGAGGUCUGAGUGGAGAGAGGCCAUUCAGAAACUGCAGAAAAAAGACCUCCAGGCCUUUGUCCUGAGCUCGGUGGAGCUGCAGGUGCUCACAGGAUCCUGCUUCAAGCUACGAACUGUCCACAACAUCCCGGUCACCAGCAAUAAGGAUGAUGAUGAGUCCCCUGGGCUCUAUGGGUUCCUCCAUGUCAUCGUCCACUCCGCCAAGGGCUUCAAGCAGUCUGCCAACCUUUACUGCACGCUGGAGGUGGACUCAUUUGGCUACUUUGUCAGCAAAGCCAAGACCAGGGUUUUCCGGGACACCACUGAGCCACAGUGGAACGAGGAGUUCGAGAUCGAGCUGGAGGGCUCCCAGUCCCUGCGCAUCCUCUGCUACGAGAAGUGCUAUGACAAGACCAAGCUCAACAAGGACAACAAUGAAAUUGUGGACAAGAUCAUGGGCAAGGGGCAGAUCCAGCUGGACCCACAGGCCGUGCAGACCAAGAACUGGCACAUGGAUGUGAUUGAGAUGAAUGGGAUCAAGGUGGAGUUCUCCAUGAAGUUCACAAGCAGAGACAUGAGCCUGAAGAGAACCCCAUCCAAAAAGCAGACGGGUGUCUUCGGGGUCAAAAUCAGCGUUGUGACAAAGCGGGAGCGCUCCAAGGUGCCUUACAUCGUGCGCCAGUGCAUCGAGGAGGUGGAGAAGAGGGGCAUUGAGGAGGUUGGCAUCUACAGAAUCUCUGGCGUUGCCACUGACAUCCAGGCAUUGAAAGCUGUCUUUGAUGCAAAUAACAAGGACAUCCUCGUCAUGCUGAGUGACAUGGACAUCAACGCCAUCGCUGGCACACUGAAGCUGUACUUCCGUGAGCUGCCCGAGCCCCUCCUCACUGACAGACUCUACCCCGCCUUCAUGGAGGGGAUUGCCCUCUCAGACCCUGCUGCCAAGGAGAAUUGCAUGAUGCACCUUCUCCGCUCGCUGCCUGACCCCAACCUCAUCACCUUCCUCUUCCUGCUGGAGCACUUGAAAAGGGUAGCUGAAAAGGAGCCUAUCAACAAAAUGUCUCUCCACAACCUGGCCACGGUCUUUGGGCCAACGUUGCUGAGACCUUCCGAGGGGGAGAGCAAGGCACACCUCACCCUGGCCUCUGACAUCUGGUCCCAUGAUGUGAUGGCCCAGGUCCAGGUCCUUCUCUACUACCUGCAGCAUCCUCCCAUCUCCUUCACUGAGCUGAAACGCAACACACUUUACUUCUCUACGGACGUGUAGCCUGCAGGGAGAAGGCACCAGCUGCAAACACUCCCAAGGCCCCUUCUGGGGGACAAGGACUGGAUCACAGCCCCCCCAGGGAGACUGGCCCAGACCCAGGACAGUGCCAUCUGCAGCUCCUGUACAAUCGUGUACCAGUGGCCCGGUCCCACCCCAGGUGCCGUGCCUCCCUGUAAAGUAGUCGUGUCUUAUGUCCCUUCUUGUGUUCAAGAAUUGUUUCUAUGUAUAUUUGUUCAACGGAAGAGGUAGUGACUGACAAGGGCUGUGGACACAGGCUUCCCCCUUGGCUAGUUUUCUCCUGGAUUCCUAUCUGUCUGCUCACUCCUACUAGGCAUCCCUCAUCUUGCCCAGCUUGAAGCUUGCAGCAUCCCAAGAGUGCCUGUUUUGCUGCCCAGCUCCCCUGCCCCAUGCUUGCAUGUGCAGUACUGGCUCGCUUCAGAGGCUGGGAGCUCACAGGCUUCCCUCCCUGGUGACAGUGACAACCAGCUCUGCUUUGGCUUGCUGCCCACACAAGUGUUGGACCCUGUGCCUGGAUCCUGCUCUGGCCGAGCAAACCUCUGACCAUGGGAGCAGAGGAGUGAGGUGCUGCUUCCUCCUCGCUAUGUCUCUUAUGGGUGUUUUUGGGCUGGUGUCCUCUUAAACCCCUUGCCCUGUGCUUUGCCUGUGUGCAUGUAGCGUGGUGGUUGCUUCCCUCGCUGUAUCUCACCUCCAAGUAGUGUUUUGGGGCACCCCCGUCACACCAGGCUGGAGCGAGAGGUGCUGUGCUGGUCUCGAUCCACAGCAGGCUUGAGGGAUGGCCUCUGGCACUGAUGGGGUCCCACUGGGGCAGAUGGAUCCCACAGUUUUCCCAACAAACCCUGGCAGGUGGGGAACAAGGUCACUGCUGUUUCUGCACACUUGGAUCUCUGCUGUCACCAGGCACUCCGAGGGUUGCCAGCGCUGGCUGUGCCCCAUGGCAGAGCCUGACGGGGCACUCGUGUGCCUGCUGGUCCCAGGGGAACAGGGAGGUUAUUUCUCUGUCCUUGGCCUUCCCUGCUGUCCCGGACACCAGGGAAAUGGCAGCACCCUGCCCUGGUGCCAUCCCUGUUACCAGAGAUGAGUGAGGCAGCGGGACAGUCACCCAGCCUGGAAAGCAGCAGAGAGGGACAGGAGGAGGAAAGCCUUUGUGGCCCUCACUAUCCAAGGGCUUUGUUUGCCCUUUCUCACAAAGCAGUUGCCUGGGCCAGCUGUGCCCAGCCAGUUCAGGUCCGUUUUAGUUAGUGGAUCCAGUUCUUGGCCCUCAGGCUGAUGGCUGGAGCUCUCACACCGUGUCCCAAAGCAGCACGGCCACACGCCAGUGCCUGGCUCCUAGUAUGUCCCCCACCCUUCCACCCCUCCCAAGGUAGGUGCUGGUACCUGUUGGGACACGAAACCUUUCGCUCUGUGAGCUGAGCCCGUGUUCCCGUGGGAAAAGCCCCUUCCCCAUUUGUGUUGGCCCCGUGCUCUCCUGUGCCAAAUGGAGAAGGAUGAGAAGUGACCAAGCGUUUCCCUGCUAACAGCAGCGUUGCCUUCACCCUCCUGACUAACAGACUGUUCCAGGUGGAGCCCUGAUGCACCAGGUAUGUUCUAAGCCCACAUCCCCGGGGAAGGCAGCACCUGCCAGCCCUGCACCAGCAAAGCAACGAAACGAGGGGAGGUUUUUCAGUCCCCCUCCAAAGGGCUCACACUCCAGACCCCACUCUUCUUGGCUACCAUCUAAACAGAAGGGAAACAGCAUUGCAGAAAAUAACCAGGCAUCUGCCUUGGCCCUGGACCCAGUAAGGAGGCUGAGGCUUAGAUCUGACUGCACAACGGAUCCCUGUGUGUGUCUGAUUUGUUACAUGUGUCCAAGGCUCUGUCCACGAUACUGUCAUUCCAGAUGGAGACUCUCUACAGCCAAAUCCUCCCCCUGUGACAGUGGCUGGAAGCCUGGUCCACACAGCCCCAGCACAACAGGCUGUGGCUGUCCCUGUGACUGCCUUUUGCUUGUCCCUGCAGGAAGGAAAAAAAAAAAAAUAAAAAAUGGGGGGUGAACUUUUGCAGCUACAGGUAGAAUAGAACUGUUAAUUAAUAUUUGACUUUCAAAAGUUGUUAAGGAUAUAUUUUUGUUUGUGUUCUGUUUCAGUUUCUGUAGAUUAUAAACUUUAAAUGGCUGUAAACCAUGUGAAGAGAAAAAAAAACCAAAACAAACAAAAAAAGUUAAUAAAAAUGCAAAGCCCCAACAUUUGCACAAAAGGAGCCCCAUA